AGCAUACACACACCCAGUCUGGCAAACAUGGAUAUGCAAACAUUGUGUUAUCAACAUGCACAGUAUCGGCCAGUCCAUUACCAAGUGUACUGUAACCUUGCCUAUGAAACUGUAACGUACUUUAUUCUCUCUUCCGGUGCCUCCUGCAAGAGUCAGUGGUGGAGAGUGUAGAAGGUUCAGUGUGAGUGUUUCCAUCGCUCUGCAAAGAUGUGCCCCACGCUGCAACUGUUGGUGCUCAUGAGCAUAAUAGGAUGUGUUGAACUGAUCACGGUCAAGACUCCGCACAAAUAUGUCAAUGUUACAACGGGUGCAAGUGUCCUACUGCAAUGUACGUUUGUGACUACUGAGCAGACCACCGGCCUCACAAUCCAAUGGGACUUUGUUUCCUCCAUGACACCACAGCAGGUGUAUUACUAUCAGUCUGGAAAGGAACUCAUUACAGAACCUUACGAGGGCAGGGUUCAGCCUCCCCAUUCUCCCGCCACAACCAGAAAUGCUUCUAUAUUGAUAAGCAACAUGCAAUCAUCAGAUUCUGGAGUCUACAGUUGUCAGGUUCACAACUUUCCUGAUGUGGACGGACAGUCUGAGGUCAAUAUCCAUGUCAAUGUUCUUGAGAGGCCCUCUGUUCCUUAUUGCUCCGUCCACGGUGAUGUGGAAUCCGGUCACCUGGUCACUCUGACCUGCCACAGUGAGCAAGGUAACCCCAAACCGGUGUACACCUGGACCAGACUGGAUCACACAAUGAAGCCCAUACAAGGAGGCCGGAUGGAAAUCAGAAACAUAUCCCAGUUCCAGUUUGGGGAGUACCAGUGCAACGCCACAAAUGCAGUGGGAUUUUCAGCCUGCUCUAUAGAGCUGAGUCCUGAAGUGGGAGAUGGAGUGAUUGCUGGUGCAGUGAUCGGCGCGCUGCUCGGGUGUGUGCUCAUCAUCCUGGUUGUGUGGUUCAUCGCCCACACUGUGAAAAAGCACAGAUACAAAGCAGUCAAAGUAACAGAGGCCAGCGAGAUGAAGAGGAGCACUCAUCAGGUUCAGGAAGCCUCCGAUAGCGUUGCGGUGGCAACCACAGCCCAUUCUGAGGCGGAUGAGCCACAAGCCUAAAAAAAGGUCUAUUGAAAACAACUGGACCGACGUCACUCUCUUGAACAACAGGAUGUCCAGUCUUUAACAUACGUCAUUCACAAAUUGAUUCAACAUACAAAGCUCAUGCUCCUGUUUGAAUUUUUGCAUUUUGUUACAUUUCUCUGAAUCAAAAAAACUUAGUAUGCUCAGCAUCAAUUGAAUCUUAAAAGCUUGUUUUUUUCAUGUCUUUUUAUUUUUUUUACUUUUGCUUGAAUAUAGAUACAAUAUUUGUAGUACUUUUACAUUUUAUAGUUAGUAUGCCAUUCAAACCAUGCUGAUGACCCGUGUUUAUGUAAAAGCUGCAAUAUUAGAGCAAAUACUUGAAAUGAUUGUAUGGAGAAAAAAAAAAUCAAAUGUUGAAUCUGCAUCAUAAAAAUGAUCAGUAUGAUUUUUUUUAUACAUAUAAUAGGACCUUAUAAGAAAUAUUCUGUUUACAAAACUAACAGUAGUCCUACAUCACAUUUAGUAUUUUACCGCAAAACAUGUACUAUAUGAUAUUCU